AUGCCUUCUGUGAACCAUUCCAAGCCCGGGAGCUUAAGGGAUCCGGAAGUAGCCGGUUUGUUCGUCACCGAUGACCCGGAAAACCGGUUUACUGAUCUGCGUGAAAUCGGACAUGGUAGCUUCGGAGCCGUUUACUUCGCUAUGGACGAGGUGACACGCGAGUGCGUCGCCAUAAAGAAAAUGUCGUAUGGCGGAAAGCAGUCCGGCGAGAAAUGGCAGGACAUCGUUCGAGAAGUGAAAUUCCUCCACCAAUUGCGGCAUCGCAAUAUCGUCGAGUUCAAGGUUUGCUACCUCAAAGAACAGACAUGCUGGCUCGUCAUGGAAUACUGCGUCGGUUCGGCUGCGGACAUCAUCGAAGAUAUCCUUCAGUCUAACCCGCUAAUGACUUUCUCUUCUACCCUCUUCUCUUCUGAGGUUGGAAGGCUCGAUGAACAAUUUUCACCAUACCUUAUCUGGAGUGUAAUGCGGGUGAGGAAUCUUGAGGUACACAAAAAACCGUUGAGAGAAAUUGAAAUCGCAGUCGUCUGCCAAGAAGCGUUGCACGGCUUGCAGUACCUACACUCGUUAGGCCGAAUCCAUCGGGACGUAAAAGCGGGAAACAUAUUGUUGACCGACCAGGGUGUUGUAAAAUUAGCCGACUUUGGAAGCGCCUCUUUGGUCUCACCAGCACAAUCGUUUGUUGGCACUCCUUACUGGAUGGCGCCCGAGGUCAUUUUAGCCAUGGAGCACGGACGGUACAACCAACGGGCGGAUGUCUGGUCGCUAGGCAUCACCUGUAUUGAACUAGCGGAAAAGAGGCCGCCUUACUUUAACAUGAACGCCAUGAGUGCUUUAUACCACAUUGCUCAGAACGACCCGCCGGUGCUCAGUUCGACAGAAUGGUCGACGCAGUUUCAAGACUUUGUUACCCACUGUCUUAUAAAAGACCCUGCCAAGCGUAUGUCAACGCAAGAAUGCCUGUCGCACGCGUUCAUCAUCAAACCUAAACCACCAUCCAUAUUAUACGACCUGAUUCAAAGAACAAAAGUACUAGUGCGCAAUUUAGAUCAUUUUCAAUACAGGAAGCUUAGAAAAAUUAUGUAUCUCGAUGAACAGCAGUCGAGUAACUCCGCGGAAGUUUCUAGUCUCGAUAGUGAAGAUGUUGAUAGCAUAGAGGACGACUUGAUUGGUAACGAUAGCCCUAGUAGUCAGUCUAAUUCGUUGUCGUCCAUGCAUUCUCAGAGAAGUACAGAGAACUUGGCAAAGAGGGAGAGAGAAAGCCGCCAGAUAUGCGAAAAUAUGAAGUACGGCCAGCAUGGCGGCGGCUCUGGCUCCUCUCGAAACUCUUCGUUAAAAAAGUCCAUCUCUGCUUUGGUGGACGGACAUCUAAGCAAGUCUGUUUUGGAUGUGACUACUAGCGAUGAAACCGCGUCUGGAUCCAAGCCAAAAUCUCUUGGUGCCGUCAAAACCAAGGAGGAUGUACUGGCAUUGCGGCGCUCGCGGUUCGCCACCAUCAAACCGACGGUUGCGGUUGUGCGUGAGCAGAACGAGUACGCGACUGAGAACAAUCUGCGUGAGCAGAUGUCCGGUUACAAGCGAAUGAGACGGGAACAUCUCAAGGAACAAAAGCAAUUGGAAGAGAAGUCCCUGGCGGAGAUGGAGACUCUUCGUGGGAAGCUGGAUCGUGAAUAUGACCAGCUGUUACAGCAAUUCAACAAAGAAUUGGACCGACUUCAUCAGACACAUCGUCAAGAAUUGGACAAAAGGGUAAUGGGAACAGAAUGUUGCGGUUUUUGUUAA